AUGGAAGCCCUCGAAGACCUCCAGAACCUGGAGUACCUUUCCCUGGUUUCCAAGAUCACCACAGAGCUGGGCAACCACUUGGGCAUCGACGACAAGACGCUCGCGGAAUUUGUCAUAAACCUGCACCAGCAAACCAGCUCCCCCGAGGAGUUCAAGAAGAUAAUUGCCUCACAUGGCGUCGACUUCCCGGACUCCCUCAUUACUAGCAUCGAUAGGUUGGUGCUCACAAUGCACCCGAAGCACAAGAACAAACGGUCAAAAGGAUCUGGUGAUGGGAGCGAAGAAGGGACGAAGAAGGAAAUGGACUUGGAUACCAAGGCUAGGAAUUUGGAGUCGAAGAGCAAGUCGGAGAAUAGAAAGAAGGAGGGCGGGGGUGGCGACGCGUUGGCGAAACGGAGUCGCUCGCCGAGUCCGUAUGGUAGGCUCGCGCGGAACUACAGGUCUAGGUCAGGGUCAAGGUCUAGAGGGGGGGAUAGGAAGAGGGGUCGCGAACGGGAUGAUUUUGGCCGGGAUCGGGAACGCAGAGGCAAACAUAGAUACGGCGGAGACGAGGAUGACGAUUUCCGAAGACCACCUGUGCCUGAACUCGACGAGAACCCUGUCCUCUACAAGAUUUACAAUGGUAGGGUCUCUGGGAUGAAGGAUUUCGGCGUGUUUGUCAGUCUUCAGAAUGUCAAGGGCAAAGUGGAUGGCCUCGUGCACAUUUCGGCAAUCCGCCUGGAUCGAGUCAACCACCCGGCAGAUCUGCUGUCGAGAGGCCAAUCGGUGAAGGUCAAGGUUGUCAGCGUACAAGGCACUCGCAUAGGAUUGUCAAUGAAGGAUAGCCGGCUAAGCGCAUCGCCUCGGGCGCCAACAUGGAGAGGCUGGACGUCAAGAAGCGAAUGUCCUCCCCCGAGCGCUGGGAGAUUAAGCAGCUCAUCGCUUCCGGGGCAAUUUCGGCCGCCGAUUACCCAGAUAUCGACGAGGAGUACCAUGCGACCUUGA